AUGAUAAUUCCGUAUCACCAGAAUAUUGCCGUCACAGCGAUUGCCCCCUCCGCACAUCUUCCCGGACUCGGAGACACCGAAGGCUGGUCCUCUCUCAUCGGCAUCGUCACGGCCAUAAUCGGGAAUGUCCUCAUAUCCUUCGCCCUCAACACCCAGCGGUAUGCGCACAUCAAGUUAUCACAAGAGCGGGAUGCACGGAGACGACAGCGAAGAGCUGGCCAGAGCCGCAACCAUGGUUCGGCAGGUUAUGGCACGCAGCAGAGUCAAAUCGCAGAAGAGAGAGCAAAACGCAACCUAGGCGCGAAAUACGAUGCCCAGGGCGUACAUAUGAUGCACGAUGAGGACGUAACGGAGACCGACGUCUUGAUACCGAAACUCGGCUCAGGCAGCUCCUCCGACUCCGAGGAUGCGACCGCACAGAAAGAGCAAUCGGGGUCGGAGGGGAGGAAGAAGUCUUACCUCAAGUCGCCAUACUGGUGGAUCGGCAUCGUGCUGAUGACGGUUGGGGAAGCAGGCAACUUUCUAGCAUACGGCUUUGCGCCCGCCUCGAUUGUCUCACCGCUGGGUGUCGUGGCGCUGAUAUCGAAUUGCAUGAUAGCGCCGUUCAUGCUCGGCGAACGCUUCCGGAAGAGGGACUUGCUGGGCGUCGCCAUUGCUGUUGCGGGCGCUGUGACAGUUGUGCUGAGUGCGAAGGAUAGUAACCCGAAGCUGGGGCCGGAUGAGAUCUGGCACCUCAUUGCUACAUGGGAGUUUGAGACGUAUCUUGGUAUCACUACCGUUUGCAUUGUGGGACUCAUGAUUGCGAGUAAGAAGUACGGGGAGAAGUCUAUCUUCAUUGAUCUUGGACUGGUGGGACUCUUCGGUGCUUAUACGGCCCUCUCCACGAAGGGGGUUGCGUCUCUCCUGACAUAUACUAUAUGGAGAGCCCUCACCUUCCCAGUGACCUACCUCUUACUCGCCGUACUCAUCGGUACUGCUGUCAUGCAGAUCAAGUAUGUCAAUAGAGCUCUCCAACGCUUCGACGCUACACAAGUCAUCCCGACGCAGUUUGUUCUGUUCACACUAUCGGUUAUCCUUGGAAGCGCCGUACUCUACCGCGACUUCGAGAGGACAACAGCCUCAGAUGCCGGCAAAUUUAUCGGCGGCUGCGCCCUAACAUUCCUGGGUGUCUGGUUCAUCACGACCGCGCGACCCCGUCAUGAAGAUGAAGACGACCGCGCGCCUGAAGAUGAUGACGCCAUUGACCUAGUGGACGAUGAGUACGAAAACGUUUCGCAGGACUCACCAAGCCGCCGCAGCGGGAAACGUCCCUCCUUGGCUGCCCUCCAGACCCGAUCCACGUCCUCCCACGCCCGGCGACUGUCCUACCCUCGCUAUUCCCGAGCUGGUGAAACACCAACCUCCCAGGACGAACCGUCCUCUCGCCUGGAUCAUUCGGCUUCCGGGCCACAGAGUCCAGCCGUUCCCUCUGCACCACAGACACCCUCGGAACCUCAAUCUACAUCCGCCUUCCUCUCACCCGUGACAAACCUCAGGUCGGCUCCUCCCCACCAGCGACUGCAGCAACCCGAACAGCAGCGACGCCCACAGGCAGCGCCUCUCCUUUACCCGACUCUUUCCGCUCCCGUCCUGCCCUCUGAAGCCCAAGCCCUCUCACCCCGCCCGGGCACCCCCCGCAAAACCUCCGAGCUCCUCUCCCCUUACCCUCCAGUGACUCCUUUAGCCCCAGCGGCCGCAGACGCACGAGGCGCAGCAGCAGUCGCCCCGGGCUCUGCAUCGGUAUUGCGCGCGCGUAACAGCAUUGCAGGCAUGCUACCGGGCCCGCUUAUGAGCCCGCUGAGUGCGAGUUUGAGCGCCGUGGUUGCAGAUUCGCUGAGGCGGGGUGUCGGCGGUGGGGGCGCCAGGCGGCGCAGGAGGCUCUCCGAGGCUGGGAAGAGUAUGGGCGGCGGCGGUGGUGGCGAGGGGAUGGAAGGGUGGGCGGGGAGAGGGGUGAGGAGCGAUGCGGACGUGUUGGCUGGGAACAGUGGCGAGGGUGGUUCGGGCGGGGAGCUUACGAGUGAAGGCGGAGACCCUGGGGCGACGGCGACGGCGACGGGGUCGAGGGGGAGGAGCUUGAGUGGCGUGCUGGGGGAUGUGUUGAAGGGGUUCAGGCGAGAGCGGGAAGCGCAGGAUGAGGAGGUUGCUGGAAGGAGAAGGGCGGGUGAAGAGGAAUAG